UGCCAAGCGUUGCUUCUGCGUGCGUUUGUGCAUCCGUAAGCAGUUAUUUUAAUUCGUUGAAAUGAAAUUUACAGGGGAAACUUAAAAAGCCCAAAAAAGCGGGUAAAAGAGAAUGAGCGAAAACCAAUUUUUAUGACGCAAGUGCCUUUAUGAAUUACCGAAUGCCAAUCCGUCCGUAAAGCGAAAGAUUUAAGAAACCCCAUCGUCAAAUUUUAAACAAAUUACGCUUACUUCAUCGUGAAGAUACAUCUGACUCUUCGCAAAAUACAGAGAUGAUCGCCGCCUAACUCCUUUUCAGAUAUUUUCGAGUUAUCGUCCUCUUAAAAUGUCCAGAGGUUAUGCCAGUCUUCCAACGAGUCAUCUUCCUGGCUCCGUGCCUGCUGUGAUAGACAGUGAUCCAAGGCUGCUGAAAUCUGGAGAAGCAAACCUACAGAUAUUUCCACCAACACCGAACACUGGUUUAAGCAGACCGUGGGGAUAUCAACCUACACACAGUGUUGAUGAUGCACCUGGCGGGGUUGGUGCUGUUGGUGAGGGGAAUGCACAGCCAUCAAAUGGAUGGAAAGGUUUUUUCAGCAUUACAUCCUACAGGCCUUACUUCAAUGUGGACACUUAUGAUGUGGUUGAGAGAAUUAUCCACUCGCUGUAUCCACACCGUGGAGACUUUGUUGAAAAGAUUGCCCACAACCCUGAUAUGUAUGGACCUAUCUGGAUCUCUACAACUCUAGUCUUCUUGGCAGCUGUUCUCGGAAAUUAUGCAUCCUAUUUAUCUUUUGAGCCAAGUACCACUGAUACAGAAUGGGUUUAUGACAUCAAUUAUGUGACCCUGGCUGCAGCCAUAUUCUAUGCAUAUAUAUGCCUUGUUCCAGUUGGAUUCUACUUUUUACACCAAUUCUUGGGCAUAAAUUCAAGCUUAGUGCAGACAUGGUGUUUAUUUGGUUACUCUCUAUUCAUCUUCAUUCCUGCUUCGUUCCUCAUGCUCAUCCCAUUGGAAGUUUUCAAGUGGAUUAUCAUUGCUCUUGUGGGCCUGGAAUCAGCUUUUUUUGUUGGUCACAAUAUGCAGUCUCAAAUAAAGGCUCAUAGCAAUAAUUGGACAAUACCUGUUUUUAGUUCAUUUGUACUACAGCUCUGCUUAGCACUAGUCAUAAAGUUAUGUUUUUUUGCAUGAAUAUCAAGGUUUUGCUUCUCUUUUCUUUUUUGUACAGCUCUACUAAAGAGCAUUGUUGUGCUGUAACAAUAUGAAGUUUUGUGUCUAUCGUGCUUGCUUCUUCAAUGUUUUUUUGAAAUUAGGCAAAUAGCAGUGCAAUAUAUGAGUGAGAUGUAAAUUGUUCUUAAUAUCAGCAGAGAGUUCAUUGCUCUCCGUCAUUCCUUGUGGUUGUUAUCUCUGCGAAUAGUGAUGUCCAUAAUUUACAAGCAUUUUAUUAUAGUGCAACAUCCCUAUGAUGGGUUUUUGUUC